AUGCAACAUCCAUCUCAGAGAACUCCUCCUGAUACACACUCACAAUCCUUCACCAUUCAUAUAGACGAACCAUUUAAUCAUCAUCAUUACUUGGAUCAUCAUCGUAAUCACAACAACAAAACCUUCAUAGGGUUCUCAUCAUCCAUGAAGCUCUUCACAAAGUUCCGCAAGAUUCUCACGAAGAUCAUCUUCACCCUUCCGUCCUCUUCGUCUUCCGCCAUCGUGCGCCGUCACAAAACCGCGGACUCCAUCAAUGGCGGUGAGAGGGUAGAGACACCGAAGAUAUCGUGCAGUAAUUCGUACUACUCCUCUCAUUCUCACUACAGUGAAGCUAUCUCAGAUUGCAUUGACUUUUUCAAUAAGUCAUCCAUUAAUAAUAUGUCUCACCAAGAACUUGAAGACCCGAAAGUUCAUGAUCACGACUGUUAUUACGUUUAG